CGCUCAACCCCUGUGCUCGCCCAGAUCGGCCUCCCUGCCUUGCCAGAGCUUGGGUAGCGCCGCAAUCCCCGCUGGGAGUGGGCGGUGGGGCGCCAUGCUCUACAGCGACGAGCCUGACUUCCAGGCCGAUAGUUUGGCGGUCCUGAGGCGAGACAUACCCUGGGAUAUUUACCAGACAGCUCGCCUGAUAACGGAUCGCGACCUGCAGCUGCUGCGGAGGUUCGACAAGAAGGACGCAGCGUUUCAGGCCAAGCUGCUGGAGGAGUCGGGCCCUUCGUAUGUGGAGGCCUUCCUGGCUGUGCUCAAGAAUGUGACCAAGGAUGAGACGGUGCAGUAUGUGCUGGCUAUGGUAGAAGAGAUGCUGGCAGAGGACCCCGCCCGCGCCAAGCUCUUCCAUGUGCUGAGCAGCACGGGCCCCGGCGGUCCGCUGGACGCCUACCAGAUCCUCCUGCGCCUGCUGCACCGCAACGACUGGUUCACGCAGGAGAAGGCGUGCCUGCUGCUCACCGAGGUGCUGGCCAGCCGCCCCGACAAAGACGCCCUGCGCGCCCCGGGCCCCGCCUCGGCCGACGGCGCCUCCUCCUCGGCCGGCGCGCUGCCGGCGGCGGUGGAGGAGGUGCAGAAGGCGGCGGCCACGUUCAUAGACUGGCUGUGCGCGCAGCUGCGGCGCCCCAGCGACCCCUCCCGCGCCGUGCCCACCGCCGUGCACGCCUUCAGCCGCCUGCUGCGCGAGCCGCCGCUGCGCGCGAUGCUGCACCGCGCGGGGGGCGUGCAGCUGCUGGCCCCGCUGGUCGCCAUGCCCGCCCACGGCUCCGGCCAGCUCAACAUCCAGCUGCUGUACGAGGCCACGCUGUGCUGCUGGGAGCUGUCCUUCUACCGCCCCGCCGCAGACGUGCUGUGCGGCAGCACAAACGUGGUGGGCGCGCUGGUGGACAUUGUGCGCCAGGCGCAGAAGGAGAAGCUGGUGCGUGUGGCGCUCAUGGCGCUCAAGAACCUCAUCUCUGUGGGGCCCACCAGCCUGGAGUAUGCGGUUGUGGAGAAGGGGCUGCCCAAGGCGCUCUCCAACCGCGCGCUGCAGCACUGGGAUGAUCAGGACAUCCCAGACCUGCUGGACUGGAUGGGGGAGCACCUGCAGGCGGGCAUCGCCACCAUCUCGUCCUUUGAGCGCUACAAGAAGGAGCUGCUGGGGGGGCAGCUUACCUGGGCGCCCAUGCACGAGUCGGACGCCUUUUGGCGCGAGAACUCCGAGAAGCUGGUUGACAACAACUGCCAGCUGCUGCGGGUGCUGCUGAAGCUGCUGGAGACGAGCCGCGACUCCACCACACUCGCCGUGGGCUGCCAGGACCUGGCCCAGUUUGUGUCCCACAUCUCCCAUGGGCGCGGCAUCGUCAGCGAGCUGCGCGGCAAGGAGCUGGUGAUGCGGCUGAUGAUGCACCCCGACCCCGACGUGCAGAGCCAGGCGCUCAAGUGCGUGCAGAAGGUGCUGCUGAGCAAGGACAAGAGCGACCUGCUGACGGUGCAGGGCUGAGGGGCGGGCCGCGACGAGGCGGCCUGCAGGCCGCUGCGCAGCUGCCCGACAGCCGGGCGGCGGUGCCGACCCUUCACCCUCCUGCACGGCCGCCGCGGCUGCGCUCUGCGUGCCGAGACGCUCGGGCUGUCGGCUGCUUCGCGCCCGCCAUGGCUUUGUCUUGGCCCCCACUUUUGAAUUGCUUCAUGUUCCUUUACACCAGCCCAGCCACAACACACACUGUAGACCGCAUGCCCAGCACUGUCCCUCGCCGCUCGUGUAUCUCCCUCCUCGCCCCGCCCGUCUGUGUACCCACCAAGCGUUUAACGGCACCCGUGAC